ACCACCUUCCCUUCCCCCACUGUCCCUUGCGUGACACGUGGGAAGCCACCACCUCUAUCCAUUUCGGGUUCGGACGAUUCAUCUCGUCACACUCCCUCCCUCUCCCGCACAAAAACAAAGACCAUACAUUCAUAUAAAUAAUACUAAAUCCUGGAAAGAAGAAGCAGCAGAGGAGCAGAGGAGGAGGGUCCAGAAGAGUAGUUGGCGGUGGGAAGAUCGAUCCAGAGGCUGCGCACUGCCUGCCCGCCUCCAUGGCCAUGGCCAGCAGGCAGGAGGGGAGCCUCGACGCCGUGCUCAAGGAGGCCGUCGACCUGGAGCACAUCCCGAUCGAUGAAGUGUUUGAGAACCUUCGGUGCAGCCAUGAGGGGCUCACUUCCGAGCAGGCGCAGCAGCGGCUGCAGAUCUUCGGCCCGAACAAGCUCGAGGAGAAGGAGGAGAGCAAGUUCCUCAAGUUUCUGGGGUUCAUGUGGAACCCACUCUCAUGGGUCAUGGAGGCUGCGGCGAUCAUGGCCAUCGCGUUGGCCAACGGAGGGGGGAAGCCGCCAGAUUGGCAAGACUUUGUCGGUAUCAUCACGCUGCUACUUAUAAACUCCACCAUCAGUUUCAUAGAGGAGAACAAUGCCGGAAAUGCCGCCGCCGCGCUUAUGGCCCGCCUUGCACCAAAAGCCAAGGUUCUCCGUGACGGUCGUUGGACCGAGGAGGAGGCAGCCGUCCUUGUGCCUGGGGACAUCAUCAGCAUCAAACUUGGAGAUAUCAUUCCUGCCGACGCACGCCUCCUAGACGGCGACCCUUUGAAGAUUGAUCAGUCCGCCCUGACCGGAGAAUCACUGCCAGCCACCAAAGGCCUUGGUGACGGCGUCUACUCUGGUUCGACGGUCAAGCAGGGCGAGAUCGAGGCUGUUGUCAUAGCAACUGGUGUGCACACUUUCUUUGGAAAGGCCGCACAUCUCGUUGACUCCACUAACCAAGUUGGCCAUUUCCAGCAGGUGUUAACAGCCAUCGGGAACUUUUGUAUUUGCUCGAUCGCCGUGGGAAUGUUCAUCGAGAUCAUUGUCAUGUAUCCUAUCCAGCACAGGGCGUACCGCCCUGGGAUCGACAACCUUUUGGUGCUCCUCAUUGGAGGCAUUCCCAUAGCGAUGCCCACAGUCUUGUCGGUCACCAUGGCGAUUGGGUCUCAUCGCUUGUCUCAACAGGGAGCUAUAACAAAGCGAAUGACUGCAAUUGAAGAGAUGGCCGGCAUGGAUGUUCUUUGCAGUGAUAAAACUGGAACCCUGACUCUAAAUAAGCUCAGUGUGGACAAGAACCUAAUCGAGGUUUUUGAAAAAGGAGUGACUCAAGACCAGGUAAUUCUGAUGGCUGCUAGAGCAUCCCGGAUAGAAAAUCAAGAUGCCAUUGAUACAGCAAUAGUUGGGAUGCUAGGCGAUCCAAAAGAGGCGCGUGCUGGUAUUCAAGAGGUUCAUUUUCUGCCGUUCAAUCCUACCGACAAAAGAACUGCCUUGACAUACAUCGAUGGUGAUGGAAAGAUGUGUCGUGUUAGCAAAGGUGCACCAGAGCAGAUUCUCAACCUGGCCCACAACAAGUCAGAGAUCGCACAAAAAGUCCACACUGUCAUCGACAAGUUCGCGGAACGUGGACUUCGGUCACUUGGUGUAGCAUAUCAGGACGUGCCAGACGGGAGGAAAGAGAGCCCGGGUAGCCCGUGGCAUUUUGUUGCUCUCUUGCCACUCUUUGAUCCACCGAGGCACGACAGCGCAGAAACAAUUCAAAGGGCACUUAACCUUGGUGUGAAUGUGAAGAUGAUCACAGGCGACCAGCUCGCGAUUGGGAAGGAAACAGGGCGUCGUCUAGGAAUGGGUACAAACAUGUACCCUUCAUCUGCUUUGCUGGGGCAGAACAAGGAUGAGUCUAUUGCUGAUUUACCAGUCGAUGAUCUAAUUGAGAAAGCCGAUGGUUUUGCUGGCGUAUUCCCAGGUAUGUGCUGUAAUCAGUUAGAAGAAAAUAAAAUCAAAGAAAUGAAAAAGGGACAUAACAAUAAUAUGGUAACAUUUUUUCUUUGCUCAGAACACAAAUAUGAGAUUGUGAAACGCCUACAAGCACGGAAGCACAUUUGUGGAAUGACUGGCGAUGGCGUAAACGAUGCACCAGCCCUAAAGAAAGCUGAUAUUGGUAUAGCGGUUGCCGAUGCGACAGAUGCAGCGAGGAGUGCUUCUGAUAUCGUACUCACCGAACCUGGUCUAAGUGUGAUCAUUAGUGCCGUCCUUACCAGUCGAGCGAUUUUCCAGCGGAUGAAGAACUACACUAUCUAUGCGGUCUCAAUUACAAUACGUAUUGUGCUUGGAUUUAUGCUACUUGCCCUCAUAUGGGAAUUUGAUUUCCCGCCAUUUAUGGUCCUGAUCAUAGCAAUUCUGAAUGAUGGUACCAUAAUGACAAUAUCCAAGGAUCGAGUAAAGCCUUCUCCACUACCUGACAGCUGGAAGUUGGCUGAAAUUUUCACAACAGGGGUGGUUCUUGGCGGAUACUUGGCAAUGAUGACUGUCAUUUUCUUCUGGGCUGCAUACAAGACUAACUUUUUCCCUAGGGUCUUCCAUGUAAAAAGCCUUGAGAAGACCACUCAAGAUGACUUCAAAAUGCUUGCCUCUGCUGUAUACCUUCAAGUCAGCACCAUCAGCCAAGCUCUCAUCUUCGUUACAAGGUCUCGAAGCUGGUCGUUCGUCGAGCGCCCCGGCUUUCUCCUGGUCUUCGCUUUCUUCGUCGCACAGCUGAUAGCUACACUGAUCGCUGUAUACGCUGACUGGGGAUUCACUUCGAUCAAAGGCAUCGGAUGGGGCUGGGCUGGCAUCGUGUGGCUCUACAACAUCGUCUUCUACUUCCCGCUUGACAUCAUCAAGUUCUUCAUCCGAUAUGCUCUGAGCGGCAAAGCAUGGGAUCUUGUCAUUGACCAAAGAAUCGCGUUUACAAGGAAGAAGCACUUUGGCAAGGAAGAGAGGGAGCUCAAGUGGGCCCAUGCACAAAGGACGCUCCAUGGGCUGCAGCCACCGGAUGCCAAGCUGUUCCCUGAGAAGGCGGCCUACAACGAGCUCAGUCAGAUGGCCGAGGAGGCGAAACGGAGGGCCGAGAUUGCAAGGCUCAGGGAGCUCCACACUCUCAAGGGGCAUGUGGAGUCAGUUGUGAAGCUGAAGGGCCUCGACAUCGGCACCAUUCAGCAAUCUUACACCGUGUGAUAGAUUUUUUUUUCGAAAAAGGGGGACUCCUCGGCCUUUGCAUCAGAACGAUGCAUACGGCCAAUUUUAUAAAUAAACAAAUAGGUUCAACAAGGUCUAAAAGUCUGAAACAAAAGUAACGUCAAGCUCAUAAAGAGCCAAAGAGCCAACGAGGAGCUAAAGGUAGAACAAAUAUUCUCUCAAGUUUUAUCGACCACCGAUACAACUCUA